GAACUGACUUGGGCUGAAGUACUCGAGCCCUCCCGGUUCCAUGAGCACCGCGGGGCGAUCCCGGGGCAUGAUCUCGUGGGGAUAAUCCACCAGAUCUAUCCCGCUGCGCCAGACCCAGCCACUGGAAUCUCACCGACACCCAAAUUUCGCGAGGGAGACCUCGUCUGGGCUCUCCUUGCCUAUGACCGCCGACUUUACCUUAGCGCUUGAACACGAGCUUUCGCUGGCUCCUCCGUGUCCACAAGACAUCUCGUCCUCCGAAUGGAACAAAGAGCUUGUAACGAUUUCCCUAUCCGGACUGACGGCCUAUCAGGCGGUUUUUAUUGAAAGUGGCCUGGCCUCUGCAGCCCCGAGUUUAGAUGUGGUUCCGACAAUCUCGGAUAUACGGCUCCUUUUGACCGACGCCCCCGGCUCGGUCGGACAUGCACGUUACGCAGUGUGCAGUGUGCAAUCACUCGACCUGGUUCGUUCGUUUCAUGCCGCCGCAACAAUCGACAUCACUCCUCCAUCCUUCACCUCACUUGCGAAAAACAUCCAAAAACAGAGUCUGAAGAAGUGUCAUCUCGAGAUUGAUACCGUAGGUGGUGCGCUUGCACGCGAGAUUCUGCUCGAUCCUUCGUCCAUUCUCGAACCAGGCGGACGGAUCAUCUCGAUUGCGGCUCCAAUGUCCUCUAUCGCAACUUCGCCGUUGGAGGUCUCAAAAUUCGAAAAACUGCAUCCUUUUUCAUUGCUGAACCGGACGGGCGGCAAUUGGAACACCUCGGCAAGCUUGUUAGCCAGGGCAGAUUGAGGGGUCGCGUUGAUCAACCCUUUGACUUGAAAGACGGUAAGGACGCCAUGCGGCGAUGCGAGGCGCGUGGAAAGGCUGGAGGGAAGGUGGUGGUAAUUGUAGGAAGCGACUGAGGUGGCAACAUAUCAAAUGAGGAGCCCCCAGCAUGCUACAUACUGCCAUUAGGCAGUGGACCGAGAGGCUGUUGCCUUCAGGGGCGUUCAGAAAGGG